UGUGCCUGUCGUUCGCUUUGGCUGGGUGCGCUUGCUUGUCGUACUUUGUAGUUGUGAUUUAUUUCAUUCAAUUUGUUGAGUAAUAUUCGAUGCUAUAGUCCUUUAUGCAGUGUUUGUAAGUGAUAUCAGUGAAAUUCUGAUGAAGGUGGUGACCAAUGCUGCUUCACACUGAAUAUGGCUGACGAAAGACUAGUGGUCCUGAAUCGUAGUGACAACUUAGGAUUCGGAUUUUCUUUGCUCGGCGAAGCCGGUUUGCCACACAUUAUUUACCAAAUUGAAGAAAACUCCCCAGCGGCUCGCAGCGGUGAGGUCGAGGCUGGAGAUGUAUUGCUCAAGGUUAAUGGGACUGACGUAAACCGGUUCACGACCAAAGAAGUUUUAAAAUGUUUGCGACUUUCGUCCGAUCCCGUCACUUUAAGACUGAAAAAGGACCCGGAGAUCAAGGCGAAUGUAAGACGUUACAUAUCGGCAGCGGGUGAGCGACGGGCAGCCGCGGCGCGCACAAAACGCGACAAGUCCAGCUCUCCACCAUCGAGUAUCUCAAACAGUAACUCGAUUAGUAACUCGAAUAGUAACUCAUCGAGUAAAUCAUCGAGCAACGGUUCCGACGUGGUGUCAGGAGAUAGCUGCGAAGCUUUGCUGACGGAAGAGAGGACGCGCGGCCGGCCCACGCAGCCAAAGUUCGAAGCCUACAUGAUGACCGGCGACCUCAUGCUCAACCUCUCCCGAGUGGAACACCCGCAUCAUAACCACCAUGCGCCUACACAUCGCACGCAUUAUCAUAGAUAUAAUUCAACGCCGGCGUCGCCCAGUGAGAACCGUCUUGCGGCGCGCGUCGAGUUGGCGCAGCGGCACAACUCCUCGCCUGAUACUGGACUCGGCACUGAACAUGCAAACAAGCUGUUUAUAUCCCAGCCUGCGUCACCGGCGGGCGGUGCGGGCGGUGCGUGCGGCGCGGCCGCGCAUGCUGGGGGAGAGAUGGCGGCGCGUACGCAACACGUAGUGCGAACAUCACGCUCUGAAGACCACCUUCAGUAUAUGAAUGUGUUCCAGAAGGAGUCGUCGCUGAGCGCGGUGGCGGUGGACAUGGAGGAGGACGUGACGUCAUCGCUGAACACGCUAUUGGACGCGCGGCCCGACUCCGCCACGCCUGGCCCGCGCUCUGACAGCGAUCUAGAAAGAGACAGGAUCGUGUGGACGUACAACGCGCCGGUGUCGUGCGCGUCGGAGCGCACUCACUGCAACGGCUCCGGCGCCACCUCCAACUCCACCUCCAUAUCUGAUGGCAUCUCGCAACGGUCGUCGUCACCCGCGUCGCCGACGUCGGUAUCGUCGUCUGUGAUGUCGUCGCGCGCGACUCCGCCACAUCGCACACACCUGCUCUCCACCUCGCAGCACUCGCAACACAGCCAUAGACCUAUUAAUGGUGACAUGAGUUUAUCGGAAGCUGUAUCAAACAUAUCUAGUCCAGACUACCAGGAUCAGGACGACAUGUUCGAGACUGGUCGAGACUGUCCCCGGAUGGAGCUGUCAGACCCAUCAGACUCCGAUUCCACUAUCCUGGUGUCGGAGCCAUGUCAUAAGCGAGCCAAGUCAAACUCCUCGUAUUCCCCUGAUAGUGAUGUGACUCUAAAUGGUGAACAUAAAGACUAUAGAAUAGUGAUACAAGUGAAAGGACCAGAUAAAAGUGUUAAUGCAAGUGAUAGUGUAAAUAAUAAUAAUAAUUUCACACAAAAUGGAAAAGAAAAUGGAUGUAAUUCACCAGAAAAUCAAGGAUAUCAGGAGUUAGGUAGCAAUUCUGACGUUGGUUCAGACGAGGGGUCAGAUGGAGACUCGCUGCACUCGUUCCACUACAGCCCCAAGGCCGUUGACAUUCCGUCUGCUGAGAGGCUCGCUAAGCGACUCUACCACCUCGACGGCUUCAAGAAGUCUGAUGUAUCUAGGCAUUUAAGUAAAAACAACGAGUUCUCGCGCGCGGUGGCGGAGGAGUACGUGAAGCACUUCUCGCUGGGCGGCGCGACGCUGGACGAGGCGCUGCGGCAGUUCCUGGCGCGGUUCGCGCUCAGCGGCGAGACGCAGGAGCGGGAGCGCGUCCUCGUGCACUUCUCGCGGCGGUACCUCGAGUGUAACCCCGGCACCUUUAAUUCACAAGACGCGGUGCACACGCUGACGUGUGCGAUAAUGCUGCUGAACACGGACCUGCACGGGGGCGCGGCGGCGAGCGGCGCCGCCUUCCGCCGCAUGACGUGCGCAGAGUUCAUAGACAACCUGGCCGACCUCAACGACGGCGACAACUUCCCGCGGGACACGCUCAAGCACCUCUACCACGCUAUACGUACGCAGCCGCUGCAGUGGGCGCUUGACACGGAGGGUAGCGAGCGCGGGGCGGGGGCGGGCGCGGGGGCGGAGCAGCGCGGCGCGGCGCUCGGCGGCAACCCCUUCCUCGACGUGCCCGACCAGAGCCGCGCCGUCGAGUACAAGAAGGGCUACGUCAUGCGCAAGUGCUGCGUCGACGCCAACGCCAAGAAGACUCCUUUCGGUCGUCGCGGAUGGAAGAUGUUCUACUGCACGUUGCGCGACCUCGUGCUCUACCUGCAUAAGGACGAGCACGGCUUCCGACGCAGCCAGAUGUCGGACAAUCUGCACAAUGCCAUCAGGAUACACCACGCCCUGGCCACGAAGGCGACGGACUAUACGAAGAAGCAACACGUAUUCAGAUUGCAGACUGCGGAUCAAGCGGAGUAUUUGUUCCAGACUAGCGACUCAAAGGAGCUAUGUUCGUGGGUGGAGACGAUAAACUUCGUGUGCGCGGCGUACUCCGCGCCGCCGCUCGCCGGCGCCGUCGGCUCCCAGCGCAAGUUCCAGCGCCCUCUACUGCCCUGCACGCAUACCAAGCUCGCUAUGCGCGAGCAGCUGGCCGAGCACGAGGAGCGCGCGGCGCGCCUGGAGGAGGAGCUGGCGGCGCUGCGGGCGGCGCGCGACGCCGCGCACACGCACGCGCACAACGCGCACUCGCGCGACAAGGACCACUACCUCGUACACGAGAUAAAGAGGUACCGCACGUACGCGUACGUGAUGCGGGCGCGCGCGGGCGGCGCGGGGGCGGAGGAGGCCGCGCCCGCGCUGCCGGAGCGGCCGCACCCCCACCCGCACCCGCCGCCCUGACGCGCCAUGGCGGUGUUCGCCGCCUGCGUCUUGUGACUGGCCUGCGCCCCGCCCCCGAACACGCCCCCGCCCCUCAACACGCCCCCGACACACGACACGCCCCCGCACGCGCAACGCUACCACAGAAUGUAACGAUACAGCGGAUGACUUAUUAAUAUGACUAAUCUAACUUAUUUGAAGACGGAGGAGACUCAUAGGAGGAAUAUCCUUUUUAUGUGCGUCUCCUCUUUCGUCGAUAAAGAGUAGGCAACACAUCUGCAAUUGCGGAUGUCUACGGGCAGAGGUUGCUUCGCCCUUUCCUAAAUAUCACUCUUACCCGUACUUACAAGAUGUAAGGACAAGAGUAAAAUUGUUUUCUCUUGACCACGUGCCAAUUGUAUACUGUUAUGUUUUCCCGCCGCUAAAUAUUCACAACAUUGCACAAAUACUGUUUUUACUACUUUGGAUGAGAUCUAUUUAUGAUAAAAACUAAGGCGAACUCUCCAAAAUAGAGUUAUGAUAAAUUUAAUCUUUGGUCAAAAUUAAGAAAUUGUAUCAAUUAAAAUUAAUUUCAUUGUAUUGCCCCAAAAAUUAUGAUAUUUGGAAUUUUAACUUAUAAGUCGUGUUAAAGUAGUAUUUUAAAAUAACGAUUACGCUAUGGAUAAUAUCUUUAAACUCCUUGGUGAUCUCGGUUUUGAAAACUACGAAAUUUAUUGAUAUUUUUACGACUAACUUGACAAUUUGCCCACCGCAAGCUCGUUGGAGUAUUUCUACGCGAGUAAAUGAUUAAAACCUUAAGUGAAUUAGAAAGUAUGUCAGAAGAUAAAUUAAAUAUGUACGCAGUAAGAAGUAAGUAAUUUAUUUCUAUGAUGAUACAAAAAAAACAAUUCAAUAUAGGCGGUAAGGGAUAUCAACAAAUUUUCAUUACUAAUUGUAGCUGUAAUUGAUAAUGUGAAAUAGUUUUAAAUUUUAAAAAAGGUCUAACUUAUUUAUAAGGUAGCUUUUAACAUAUGAAUGCAAAGAUGGCGGACGGUUGUAUGCGGAUUCAAAAUGGCCGCCGCGGAUUACUUUCUCUUACUCGGACUCCGCCGAAAAGACUGAAUAAUAUACUCAAACGACAUUCCAUUGCCUAUUCACAGAAUUUUAAAAAUAAACAGUUCUGAGCAACAACAAUUCACAGAAUUUUAUACAAAUGUGUAAAAAUUUUUUUUCUAUCGAUCGCACUAAUUUGAAUCGAUAUAUCGACUAUACAUUAUCGAUAUCGGAAUCACUACACUAUUUUAGUAGUAUAAAUCCUCUCAUAUCACUAUUGUUUUUUUUAUCAAAUAUAGUUAUUUAAAAAAAUAUAUAUCGAAACAGAAUUAAUAAAUCG